CCAUUCAUAUGGUGAUUUGAGCGGUGGGGACUCUUUCUUGCACUCUGCAUCUUCGAAUAGAAUGGCGAGGGGACAAAAAUUAGUAUGAUUAUUAUAGGAGUAGUCCAUCUUAACCUCGUGGGGACACCAAUCAAGGAACGUAAGGACGACAUUUACUGAGAAGUACAGGCUUCAAGUCGUAAGAUGUUUAAAUAUUAGGUAAAAAUGUACGAUGUCUACUUAAGUAAUCCAAACCUAAUACAAGAAUAGCUAUUCAUAUGCUGAUUUGAGUGGUCGUUAGCUCUUGCUUGUGUGGGGAGUCUUUCUUGCACUCUGCAUCUACGAAUAGAAUUGGAAAGGAAAAAAAUGGUGAGGGGAAAGGUGCAUCUGAAAAAGAUAGAGAACCCUGUACAUCGCAGGGUUACAUUCUCCAAGCGCAAGGCGGGACUGUUGAAGAAGGCUACCGAACUCUCUGUUCUCUGCGAAGCUGAAAUUGGCCUCAUCAUUUUCUCGCCCACGGGGAAGCUCUUCGAGUAUGCCAAUCCCAGCAUGAAUAGAGUUAUGGGGAAGUAUGAGAAGAAUUUCUCUUCUAUUGGAGAUGUUAUAGAGUUAUCAGAUCAUAUCGAGAAGUUACAUUUGGAAUUGGAGAACUUGCUAAAAAGGACAACACAUUUAGAGAAAACAUACAAGCAAAAUCACUUACGCUGGAAAACGCUAACCUGUUUAAAAAGGUUGAGGAGGGAAGGUGCAGGGCCUGCCACCUUAACAUUGACAUUAUGGAAGGAGUGGACAAUAAUUGGGAAACGGAUGCUGCAACUCAACAAAUUCUACAUCAGCCUAAUCUUAAUCUCACGUAAUUUUCAUGAUGAUAAUUUAUGCUUAUUGAUUAUAAUUUUUAAUAAAGUGAUUGUGUGUGCAGCCUGUCAUGAAUUCAAUGGGACUCUAUGGUCCGAAAUAAAAGAAAAAAUUUAAUGACGAGAUUUUUUGUGCAGCCUGUCCUGAAUUCAAGGGGACUUUAUUGUCCAAGAGAUUAUCUGCAACUUAUUUAGGGCACUGUGAAGCUCCAAUAGUAUUCAAACAGAUUAUAUAUUAAGAAAUCUAGGUAUUCCAUUAUUGUUCCUAGACACGAACCUCUCACUAAUUUGUUUGCUAUCUAUGCUAUAAUUUGAGCUUGAGGUUUCAUUUUUUAGCAUAAUUUUCUCAUUGAAAAUAAAUUUCAAAUUGAAAAAGUAUACAAGAGCAAAAUUUACAGCGCAUUAUGGUUAUCUUUUAUGAUACCCAUACCUUUACGAUCAGAAUCUAUACUUCCUAACAAACUAAUUGAUCGGAAUAUCCUUAAAUUAUUUUUCACUGUUACAAGUUUUCAUCAGGUGGCAUCGCUGUUGGUAAUGAAAAAGUAAAAAAUAAAAAACAAACUGAUUGUCAUAUCUCCCGAAUGAUAAUCCAAAAACAUUAGAUUCAAUAUAUGCUUAGCAAAAGCUUGUUA